AUGAAUGCUUUUGGCUUAAUACAAAUUGGCAUCAUACUGUUGUGCACCACCACUACCUCCUGUCCUCAGUGUAAUCACCUUCCUUUACAGCGAAGAAAAGUGGUCAAGAACAGCCUGCAACUUUUGGACAAAAUGGGUGAAAAGUUUCCUCGACAAUGUCUGAGAGAGAAAAUGUCCUUCAGAUUUCCUAACCAGGUUCUAAAGCCCAGACAGAGAGAGACUGUAAAAGUGGCCAUUGAAGAGAUCUUCCAACAUAUCUUCUAUAUUUUUAGCAAAAAUCUGACUCUGGCUGCUUGGGAUGAGACAGCUUUAGGACAGUUCCAAAAUGGACUUUAUCAGCAAAUUGAGCAAUUGGAGGUAUGUGUAAUCAAGAAGCAGACCCGGUAUUUUUGGAGUAAAGAAGCCAACAGGCUGAAACUGAAAAAGUACUUCAAAGAAAUAGACUGUUUUCUUAAAGACAAACAAUACAGCCUGUGCUCCUGGGAAAUCAGCCGUGCAGAAAUGAGAAGAUGUCUUCAGUUGGUUGAUAAAGUCAUAAGGAAGCUCAACAACUAAGAUGUACAUACUCUACCCUCUACCAUUCAUGGAUGCAAGCUAAAGAAGUGAUGAGAGACACAGGUAUUGGGUCUGAAGCUG